UCCAGAAAUACCCCUCUAGAAGCAGUAGCAGUUUCACUUGGCUCUCACAGUCUGUCCUACAAAGAGGCACGCUGUUGCUGCUCUGUGAUUUGGAAUAGCAAAAGCCAUGUCUUUGGUAGUCUACUCUUUGCUCAUCACCCUGUGCAAUGGUUGGUGCUUGAUCAGUGAGGCUUCUGUGGUGGUCCCAGAUGUUGCUGUGAGGUGUGCUGAAGAAGUAUUGCUGCCCUGUAAAGUUCUUCGGGACUCCUCCAUUGCCUACCAGACCGCAUCUUGGUAUAAAAUGGCAGGAGAUGGCGAAGGAAUAGCAUGGAAAAUCCUUGAUGUGGAAUCUCAUUAUACAAAAACACCUGGGGGGUCCCUGGAGCUCUCCAAUGACACCUUCUUUUCUCUGAGGAUCAAAAACACAACCAGGCAAAACAGCGGGACAUAUAAGUGCACUUUGGGGGAACAGAGUGGAGAACAUAAUCUGAGCAGUGUGGUCACUUUAAAAGUAACAGGUUGCCCUGGAAUAGAAGAUGAAAAAUUUAAAAAAUACAAAGCUGAACUUUUCAUGCUGACUUGCCUUGGGAUUUUUUACUUGCUGCUCAUCUUAUUUACCUGUACAUGUCUAAGAAAAGAGAGUAUGUCUCCCAAUUAUCAAAAAAACAGACCAGAUAUGAAACACAUGCUCACGCUCAUCAGUUUACAAGAAAUGACAACUUUCCAGGAUAUAAACAGUGACAGCACUUGCAAAAAGGAGCUUACUUCAAGUUUUGUCUAAGUUGAUGUUGAUGGCACUGUGGGUUCAUGAGUAAACCUGAUGCGAGCUGGAUGGACGAGUGGAGAAAACAAAUGCUAAUAUAUGGCUUCUUCAGAACAGCCUGAAAGUUUAGAUAACCCGUCAGUGAUCUGCUUGCACUGGAGAAGCCUUUGAAAAGCGCUGUUAAGCACUACAGUGACUUUUGGGAGUUUGGCAGCUAAAAAAGACCAUUACAGCUACCCAAUGGUGCUACGAUGCUGUUACAAAGUUGGCAUCAACUUAAUUUUGCUCCGCUGUGCAGUCCUCUUGUUCUGAUUAAGAACAUGCCUGUGAUGCAAAGACCAGGUUAUAGGGAGGCCACAGCAGUGCAAAGCUGAGGGAUUAAGCUGUUCACUGAGCUAAUAGCUCUCAUCUUUCAAAAGCAACACAACAGGUGCUGCUAUGGAAAGAUACGUGUGUGGGGCUGCUGCCGCUCUGUGCUCUGAGCCUGAUUCUGGAUUGAGUUCCUAUACUGCAAAUGGGAUGUAACUUGACAUGUGAUGUUCAAGUAAGCUGAAGAGGUAACUUCAUGCUCUUGUCCUGGGUGAAUCAAAUCAACAUUCAUUUUUAAAUCUGAGAGUGAUGGAUGGGCUGAAAUGUAAGAAGUGAGAAAAUAUUCUGGAAUACCUUCUGGACUGAGCGGACAUUUUUAUCUCUGCAAGAGAAGUAAGGAUGCAUUUACAUAACGAGUCCAUCAGUUAUCUGCCAGAGGCCUUUCCAUAAAAUUCUAUAGGUCAAUCUAUAGGAAGUGUCAACAAAACUGUUAACCUUAAGACAAUGAAAGUAAGAAUGAAGAAGCCUAUGAUAUUAAGGACGUGUAAAGACGACUUAUUUUGUGGUUUAUAAAACAUGACGCCGAAUGUAUGUGACAUCCACAUUAGCCAAGUUACACAAGUGAAGACCAAAGCCACGGCUUGGAAGAAAUCAACCAGCAGUAUCUUUGGGUUGUGUUAAGUCAGCUAAGAUGGGGCACAUGAGCACCUGCUUUUGAUGCUGGAAGUGUGUAGUACAUGAGAAAUGAUGACAUGAGAAACUGAACUCAGGCACACAAUAUAAGGGAGAGAAGGCUUGUCCUCUCGAACCAAAGAAAGGAAGAGAGAGUUUGGAUCUGAAAUCAAGGAACCUCCUUUAUCAGGCUGCUGGUACAGAAGACGAAGCACGAGGAAUCUAAAGUGACUGUAAAUGUUCAUGCCACAACAUGAGAGUUUGAGAAAACAUGAGAAUUUGCAAGCACUAUAGAAUACAAUCUUAAAAAAAAAAAAAAAAAAAAAAAGAAGAAGAAAAAGAAACAGAACUGUCUUUCAAGAGUUAAACUGCAACAUCAAGAUUUUAAAUUAAGUUUGGAAAUCCAAGCUUUGACAAGGACUCUUUUUCUGUAAUCCUUUGACUAAUUUUCAAGCACUGAUGGGAGGAGAGCACUGUGUGUCACUCAGUAGUGCCUCUGUGAGCAGGGUUAAAUGUCUCCACUGAUGGAGUCCAAGGGGCUCCUGACCACAAGAAUUGUUACAAGGGGUAUGCAAUGUACUUAGACCAUGGUAAAUUGAUUCCACAUUUUCUUUUUUAUUAUCAAUUUUUACAUAUAGAUGUGUAUAAUAUACUUGAAAUAAAAAUUCAGACGUAA